AUUAAACUAGUGCUACUACUCGUCUACUUGCCUACGGGAGGAAGCAAUAAUCAAGCAGCUGAUGUUUGAUAGAUUAGACGGUGUAUAGUGCUGAUCAUACAGGCAAUGCAUGAGAUAGUUGGGGAGGCGUCGCCGUCACACGCUCGUAAUAUUCUCCCGUUUGUUUAAUCUCCCCUUCGAAACGCAGCGUGCGCGGCCACAACCCACGUCCGAUCGAACCGAGCUCCCGCUACUACAACGUCACGACGACACAUGACACGGCCUCCUCAGCUCCAGUUUCUUUAUAUCCCAUGGCGUUUGCCUCGUUUGUCGUAGCUGGCGCUGGUGACGGCAUCCAUCCAAGAACUGCCUCCUUGAUCCAUCCAUUCCCGGCGGACAGAUCACGCCGCCGGCCGGCUCUUGUGUAUAUAUAUGGACGGCGAGUGGAGCGACGGGGCGGCGGUGUCGUCGCCGACGAUGUCCGGCGGCGGCGGGCGGGAGCAGAUGAAGGGCGGGGAGGACGUCGCUGCGGCGGAUUGCCCGGGGUCGCCGGUGUCACCGUCACCGGCAGCUGCUCAGCGGUCGGCGGCUGGGGCGGCGGCGUCGCCUAGCGGGAGGUCGAGGCGGUCGGCGCAGAAGCGGGUGGUGACCGUGCCGCUGGCCGACGUGACCGGGCCGCGGCCGAAGGGCGUCGGGGAGGGCAACACGCCGACCGACUCGUGGGCGUGGCGGAAGUACGGCCAGAAGCCCAUCAAAGGCUCACCCUUUCCAAGGGCUUACUACCGGUGCAGCAGCUCGAAGGGGUGCCCGGCGAGGAAGCAGGUGGAGAGGAGCCGGAACGACCCGGACACGGUGAUCGUCACCUACUCCUUCGAGCACAACCACUCCGCCACGGUGCCCAGGGCGCAGAACCGGCAGGCGGCGCCGCAGAAGCCCAAGGCGCAGGCCUGCAGUCCGCCGGAGCCGGUGGUGGAAGUGGAACCCGAGGAAACGCACCAGUACGGCGUCACCGCCGGGCCUGCCACCGGUGGCGGCGGCGGCGCGGCGGCCAUCGAGGUGCGCGACGAGUUCCGGUGGCUCUACGACGUCGUGUCCGUCCCAGCCACGUCGACCUCGCCCUCCGACAUCGACGCGGCCGACGAGAUGCAGCUGUACGAUCAGCCGAUGUUCUUUGGCGGCGCCGUCGUCGGCACGGCCGCGCUCCUCCCCGACGAGUUCGGCGACGUCGGCGGGUUAGGCGGGGAGGGGCUGGGCGAGGAGGAGGCGUUGUUCGAGGGGCUCGGCGAGCUGCCGGAGUGCGCCAUGGUGUUCCGGCGGCGCGCCGGCGACGGGCUGGAGAUGGGAGGAGGGGUUAAGAUCGAGCAGCCGGCGGAGAGCACGGCCAUGACAUGAUGCUGACACAGACAGGUGGGCCCGGUCCGGCCUCCAAUAAGACCAGACAAGCUCCUGUAGUUUUUGGCUUCUUGUUCACUUGCCAAUUGUCGGUUAGUUUUUUUCCCUCCUCAUUUUGGUUAUUCUCUACAGUAGCAUACAGAAAAGAAUCGGUACAAUAUUAUUAUUGCACACUGUUGAUUGGAGAAAGGAUUGAGAGAGACAAGUCACUUUGUCAAUGGUUUGGUUGAAGAUUUUUGUUUUCUCCUUUGGAACCAUCAAUGGAUACAUAAAUAAAGAUUGGAAAAAAGAAACACAGAAGGAUUGGAACUCCAUUUUUUGCUCUGAAAA